AGGUAUGCAAAAAUUAGGCUUGCGACUCCAUCUGGGAGAGGCCCAUUGCGGAAGACGGGGCUUUCACCAUUAUGUAGUCAAGCCUGAGAAGGGUGGCUCUCUUUUCUGUAUUAUUCCCCAUUUUUGUACACGCCAUUUUUCUGCCAAAAAAGGCAACCCACAGAGGGAAUUGAACAGCGCUCCUUUCGCAGAAGGGAGACAAACCAGCAGCUUCUUCAGCAAAGCGAGUUACAACUGUUCUGUCGAUGGAAAAGGAAGAAAUGAAAUAUUUUUUGAAAAAAUGGAAAAAAAAAAUAGCAAGACGUUCCAUUUGACGAAGCAAAGUGUGUCCAGUGAAAAAGCAGCCUCACGGGAUUCUGCAAAAGGGGGGCAAGUGGACGAAGCGGAAAAUGAGAGAAACGCGGGAAACGCGAAAAACGCGAAAAAUGCGAAGAACGCGAAAAACGCGGAAGAGGAGGCACUCCUCAAGGAUGGGGAUGAAAACAAAAUGGGCAGUCGAAAGGGGGAAAACCAAAAUUGUGACCCCCUCUCCCCAGUCAUAGACCUAGAACUGUCCGAAGUGUGGUCCAAAAAAACGCUCAUUCUAAAUUUCAAAAAUAGCGUAUUCGAAAUAAUUUUAAACAGACCAGAAAAGCUAAACGCAAUUAACAAAGACAUGAUUAAUGGAUUAUUCAAUAUUGUGAAAAGCCUAAACAACGAUGAUAGGUGUCACAUAAUUGUAAUUAAAAGCAGCAACACGACGUGCUUCUGCUCAGGUUCUGAUGUCAAGGGCAUUGUCCAAAAUAAAGAAAAGGGGAUGCAGCAUUUGAAGCAACUAUACAUGUACAUUCACUACUUAGGCAAAAUGAAAAAACCCGUCUUGUGCAUAUGGAAUGGGUAUACUAUGGGAGGAGGGUUAGGGAUUUCUAUGUAUGCAAAAUUUAGGAUAAUAAAUAAAAAGGCCAUAUUUGCCAUGCCGGAAAAUAAAAUUGGCUUUUUCCCCGAUGUCACUUGCUGCUACUUUUUUAACAAAUAUUUUGGAAGGAACAUUGGUCUCCAUCUAGGGUUGACUUCCCUACGAUUAAACGAAGUCGAUUUGGUUAACUAUAAAAUUUGCACCAACUAUAUCGAAGACGUCGAUGCACUCCUGAACGAAAUUUACAACAUUGGGAAGAAGGCAAACCAGAAUGAGUUCGAUGCGGAACUCGCCAGCGUUUUAGAUAAGUACCCGCCCAAAGUAACUACAGACACGGAACCGGUACUUACGCAAAAGUUGAUUAACAACAUUAACAAGUACUACAGUUUGGCUACUAGUCUAGACGAUCUUGUUAGCAGGUUGAAUAAGGAUCAGGAUAAUAACCCCUUUUGUCAAGAAACCCUUGAGGCUAUAAACCAGAACUGCUACUCCAGUUGUAACUUAUGGUUUGAAUAUUUCCUUUACAGUUACGAUAAACCGUUGGAGGAGGUGCUAGACAACGAUUUUAAAAUUACGCAGCAUUUUUUGUAUCACACUGAUACGUUUGAGAAGGGAGUAACUGAGCUGCUUGUGAAGAAAAAUAAAUCUUUCAAGUGGAGCUCCGCGCGGGAAUAUGGCGAUGUGCACGCGGGGCCAAGCGUUGAAGACAUUCUAACAAACAGCGGGGUGCUGUCCAUCCGGGGGGAAUUCACAUG